AUGCCAGCGCCUGCACCUGCUGCGAGCACCACCGGCGAUGAAGGCGAUGGAAACGACAUCUUCUCCCAGAAUUGCGACCAAGUCCGACGCGAAAUACGUGCCUUCCUUGGUGCUGGCGAAAUGAAGAUUGGCGAGCUUCACAAGACUCUUGGGACCGAAGGAAUCAAGGUGCCAAAGAAGAAGGUCAAAAAGAAGGUCAAAAAGGAGGAAGAAGCAAAGAAGAACGAUGUCUCGGGCAUCCAACUUGACGGCGACGCGGACGUCUCAGUUCCCGUUUACGAUUCCUGCGACGAGAUUCGAAAGAGUUCGGCAUACCUUCGCGAGCCCCAUGUCACCCAGGCCGGUUUCCUGCGCGAAAUAGCAAAAACAUACACCGACGGAAGGAAAAUACAAUCAAAAGUUCUGGACGAUAUCCUUAGCAAGAAGGGUGCAAGUGCAGGAAACACUAGCGCUGUGUUCUAUGGCAGCUACGUUUUCUUCGAGAAGAUGCGGAUUAGGGAUGGCAAGCCCAAAUCAAAGCAUAGGCAGGAAAUGGAGACAUGA